AGCAGGCAGGUUUCCCGGAGAGGGGGUAACUGAGACAGGAUCAGAGAGUAGGCGGGUUUCCCGGAGAGGGGGUAACUGAGACAGGAUCAGAGAGCAGGCAGGUCUCCCGGUGAGGAGGCAGCAGCUGACAAGAUGAGAGACUAGGCGGGUCUCUCGGCGAAGGAGCAACAGGCGGGCGGGACUUAAGGAGAGGAGGUUUGCCGCUUUCGUUUCGCCGACGAGCCGCCCGGCUUGAUCCCUGUCCUCUUGGCGGUGAGGAGAGCUCGGAGGAGGUGGAUAGAGGCAGGAGGUCUCGCCUACAUGAGGAUGGAGUGUCCCAUGUGUGGACUAGAGUUACCCAUCGCCAUACUUGAAUACCAUGCAUGGGAGUGCAAUGGACGUGAAGAACCCGAUGAAGGUUCAUUGACCCGAGAAAACGCAGUGCCAAGUACCCAGGUAGCCUAUACCCCUGAUGUCCAGCAAGCUGAUGAAGAGGAACCUGCUUCCCCAUCAGAAACAUCUGAGGUUCCACACCCCAAUACAGAAACAGACGAAAUACGAGAGUGCCCCCUUUGCUUUUGUUCUUUUCCUGCGGAUCUAAUAAUCGAGCAUUCGGCAUUCUGCAAUGGUCCUAGUUGUGGUAAGCUGCCGGAGCAAGCGGUCCUUGAAUUCACAGAGCGAGUGAGUUGCGACCCCACUGAACCGCAGGAGCAGGAGAUCGGUGCGUGCGCACAGCCCCCUGAGGAAGUCAUUCCCAGUCACAGUCAAGCUCUGGGAAGCAGUGUUUUCACUGAGGUUUCCAGAAACAUCAUACAGGUCUUCCACAGCUAUGUCGGCAGAAAUGACGCGGUGGGUUCGAGAGAAGUAACUCGGAGUGUGGAGCCCAAGAGCGGACAAGAAGACAGUGAAACUUCACAGAACGUCAACAAAGUAUUGCAGUAUCUUGCGAAAGUGCAGAAACAUUUAGACAAUGACCCUGAAUUUAAUCACAGAAAAGGUGCAGUGGUUUCGAGAGAAACAAUUUGGAGUGUGGAGCCCAAGAGCGGACAAGAAGACAAUGAAACUUCAGAGGACAAAGAAAAACUAUUGCAGUAUCUUGGGGAAAUGCAGAAACGUUUAGACAAUGACCCUGAAUUAAAACAAUUGUUAUGUCCUCUCCUGAAGGUCAGCAGGCCUCUGGAAAUUCUGCAGUGUUUGAUAAAGAGCAUAUUCGGCAAAGCUACAGGCAGCAAUGUCACCCCAUUUGCCCUUUUCUUCUACCUAGCAAGGAUGUUUUUGCCAAGGAUUUUGGAAGUGGAGUCAUGGACUGCUUUGUUGAAGUGGUUGGACUUGAUUAUCCCAGACGUGGUGGUUCCGUGGAUCACCAGGAUGGGUGGCUGGGUGAAAGUGCGACCACCUACCAUGUCCCAUUUCGCAUCUCCUCUGGGCCUUCUGCUGAUUCUGGCGUUGUCCACGACGAGUCCGCUGGAGGCAAGACCAGACAAGCAGUCCCACCAGGAUGAUCACAUGCAAGGACUCGUCCCGAACCCCAGACUGGGGCAGGGGCACCAACGCCCCCGCUGGCACGCCAUCCCGUACAUACAGAUCAACGACGACGGGCAAGUCAGCAAGUCGGAGCAUCAGAAUGAGUACACUCUGAUGGACAUUCAGUUCACCAGCACCGGGAUCGUGAUUAAAGGGAGGAAGAGUGCCCGCUAUCUGUGCUCGCACACCAACAGCACCCUGUACAGCACGCCCCAGCUAGAAGAGAACUGCACGUUUAAGGAAGGCGCCGCCAGUAACCGGCUAGGGAACGACGGAAACCUCGAACAACGCGGCUGUUCGCAGGCAAGGACGGGCACUGCAUGCGUGCAGUCCGAACGCGUCAACCCCAAUUCACCAGAUCCGGUGGAAAUGAUCGUCUGAUGAGAUAGAUACGCACCACAGCUCUGAAACUUCAGCAAUCGCCUCCGAUAUUAUUUAUUUAACCAGUUAUUCAUCACUAUGAAUUAAUUGUUUUAUUUAUGCUAAGAUUAUCUACAUACCGUGAAAGGCUGACACUGGUUAUUUUGGUAACCUUUUUUUAAAUAUAAAUGGUUGU